AAGUCAAAAACUUUGGCUUGGCAUUGGAUGAUCCAAGAAGCCGACGACCAAGCUCCAACUUUUGGAGGGGAAAAGCUCGGAAGCUUCCAACCGACACCCUCAUCGCACCGUCCCAAUUCCCCGGAUACACGGACACCACGCUAUCCGCCCGGAAAAGACAUAAGGGUAGAACGUGAAGAUGAAACCCACGUUGCGGUUAUGCGCUGCCCCGCGCAGCGUCUCUGACGCAACGAGAUUUACGGCGACGACGCUGCACGCAAGCUCCAAAACCGCCACCCCACCACCCCGAUUCACCCCGUCGAAGGGCGGUGCAGCACGUCCUCCCCCCAGUGGCGGCUCCGGGGGUUCCGGCGGACCGGCAGCAAUGUUCGAAACCCCAGAGCAAAAGGUCGCCCGGUUACGGGCGGCUCACGACAGGGCAAAGGCCGCGGAGAUCUCCAAGUUCGACAAAGUCGUCGACGCGAGCAGGAAGGUAUUCGACUCGGCACACAAGGUGACGGUCGCGGGAUUGAUAGGCUUCACGGUCCUGGCGGGCCUCCUGACGGCCUACACGGCGGUCGACAUGAUCAUGUACAACAAGAAGCGCAGCGCGGAGUGGGUGGAGGCGCAGAGGAAGCUGGAGGCGGACAGCCUGGAGACCGCGCGCAUCGCCUACAUGACGGGCAAGGCGGACGAGGAGCAGAUCGCGCUGGUGGAGGAGCAGCUGGAGCGCGAGCGCGAGUCGGGCCGCAAGACGUCCUUCUUCAAGGACACGAGCGUGCUCGGCGCGCCCGAGGCCGCCGGCGCCGGCGCCGCCACGAACCCAUCUUCAUCCACCCCACCCUCCAGCACAACAACCGAAACAGUCUCCUGGUCAUCCGCAUCCCAAUCCCAAUCCCCACCAUCACCCCCACAAGAACAACAACACCAACAACCACAAGACCCAGCCCAACAACAAAAACAAAAGUCCUCCCUCUUCUCCUGGCUAACCUCCAACCUCAAAUCCGAAGAAGAAGAAGCCGAACCCUCCCCCCCCAACAACCACCCCUCCUCCCCGAUCUCCUCGCAGCGCCGUCUCGGCUAUGAAUCCCUCAGCGACGACGACGGGUCCGCGGCGGGCGCGGUGCGCGACAGCGACGUGGUGCGGGCGGUGGAGGCCAAGGCGCAGGCGGCGCUGGAGCGGGAGCGCGAGAACCAGCGGGCGGGCGGGCCGCUGGAUCGGGUGGGUGUUGAUGGUGCUGAUGGUGCUGCUGGUGCUGCUGGUGCUGCUGGUGAGGGGGAGGGGCAGGGGGAUAAGAAGGAGGAAGGGGGGGAGGCGACGGCGGGGAAGAAGAAGAAGGGGUGGUUGUGGUGAUGUGAUUGGACUUUUUUUGGGUUGGGGAGGGGGGUUCCGUUCCGUCUGAUGUCAGAAUGGGAAGCUUGCUUGCUUGCUUGCAGGUUGUUACCGUCGGUUGCGC